AUGCGCUUUCUCCAAAUUACUACCCUCCUUACUCUUCUUGCGCGUCUGGGUUUAGCCCAAGGUGAUAACAGCAAGAUCAUUAGUCGUUUCACCAACUCCUCUGUCAUCAUCUCUCAUCCUGCCUCUGAUGAGACUAUCACGGUCAGCUUAGCGUCUGUCCCAGUGUUUGAAAGCUUUGUGCAUACGUCUGAGAUCGGAACCGACGUGAGACAUGGGGAUACUCCGGUGAAAAAUGGAGCCAGCGUGAUGAGGAUCUACGGGACGUGGGCGAAUAUCGACCUGGAACGAUUUUGCUUGGAGAUCGAAAAUUCAACGGAAAACCAAGCACUCGCCUAUAGCAACCCUCAACUCAACAUUGAUUCACCACCCAUCGACUGGGAGCAAGGCCUACAGGAGGGUCACUCUCUACACCCAUUACACAAAUCCCGCUAUCCCAUCAUAUCCGACUUUCGCACGGCAAAGUUAUAUUUUGUGGCAAUUGAGUCAUCUGUCGUCCAGGUUGAGGGAGAUUAUGAGCACUGGAUCCAGCAACUCUUGCCGGGUACUACAAUGAAUCAACGAGAUGUAGUAUUCCCUGUCCAUGAGCUCCAACUCAUCAGUGUUGAGCGUGUUCCCAAACGCUCGUGUCUUGUCGAAGACUGUGAAUGCCGCAGAUCUCUCUGCGAACCCUCUCUCUUCCUUCCAACGUCGGACUUUUGUGUCAAGUUACCCGUGGAUUUCAAAACCCAGCAAAUUGUGCGGACCAUGGAGCCGUGGGAUAUCAUGAUGGGCCAGAGUCUCAGCCCAAUUCUCCCGUUGAUUGAAAGCGCAGCCAAGGAAUACGGGGGCUCCCUAAUGAUGACGCGCCACUAUCGGAUCAUCGUCUGCGCAACGCUGACGGAGAACGUGGAUGCUAUUUGGGGAGAUAAACCCGACAAGAUUGCGAUUCUGCGGGAGUACAGCGAUCAGUUCCUCCGCGCUGUUUUGCCCCCAGUGUUCAGUCACGGCCUUGGCCUGUCCGCCCAUCUCCAGAACUCUCUUGUGCGGCUGGAUCCCAAAACCAAAACAAUUAAAGGUUUCGUUGUCCGAGACCUUGGCUUCCUGAAGGUCCACCGACCUACAUUCACCAGGUCGACGUCAUUAGACAUCAACGUACCGAAGAAGAGCAUGUAUGCCGAAAAACUAGAGGACGUGUACUGGUACCUCCUCAGUCCGGUCAUCAAUGGUCAUUUGUCAUACUUCGUUCGUGAGCUGCAUCCUGGCCUUGCCGGGUGGAAGAUUGUUCGUGAAGUAUUGGAACGUCUCAUUCCUCAAAACAACACAGCAGCAAGGCAUGUUUUGCUGGAGAGCCCUGAAUCCCUCUCUAAGUCAAACAUCACGAUGGAAAUCCAUGGGUUUGACAAGUUAUAUCCACAUAUCGCCGUCCCAAAUCCUUUGUAUCAUUGCAAGUUCGCUGGUUAG